AUGGCAGCCAUUUACAGCCUCUACAUCAUCAACAAAUCAGGCGGCCUCAUUUUCUAUAAGGAUUAUGGUUCGGCCGGAAGAAUGGAUACAAAUGAUAGUUUGAGACUAGCGAGCUUAUGGCACUCUAUGCACGCCAUUUCUCAGCAGCUUUCGCCCGUUUCCGGGUGCUCUGGAAUCGAGCUGCUUCAGGCCGAUACUUUUGAUCUUCACUGCUUUCAGUCUCUCACAGGUACAAAGUUCUUUGUGGUCUGUGAGCCUGGAACUCUGCACAUGGAAGCUCUAUUGAAGCAUAUAUACGAGUUGUACACUGAUUAUGUUCUGAAGAACCCAUUCUAUGAGAUGGAGAUGCCUAUCCGGUGUGAGCUGUUUGACAUUAAUUUGGCCCAAGCUGUGCAAAAAGACCGUGUUGCUCUACUGGGCAGAUGA